CGCGAUAAGAAUUUAAGAGUUUCUUAUUCUCAAAAUGUAUUAGCCGUUACAUAGUACCUAUAUAAUAUAAACUACAAUUUACAACCAUUUCAAAUCACGCACGAAACUGCAAAUACGUGAAUCGCUAAUUAUUACCGUCAAAUCAUAUAAUUUAAUACAAUUUCAAUCAUCAAUAAAGCUGGAACUUUCCGAUGAUAAUUAUUUUGAACAUAUAAUAAUAUAAUAGUACUUACCUAAUAUAUCAAAUAAUAAUUAUUCGUUAAGUAACGAUUUCGCGCGUAAACGUGAAGUGCAAUUUUUGACUGAACACAGGUUCAGGUUCAAUUAUUACUUUUUAUAUUUAUUUUAAAUCUAAUAAAUAAUUAAUAAUUAUUAGACUCCAUCUAAUAGUAGUGGAUCUACUCUAUUCCUGUAAAAUAUACAUAACUGUAUAGUAAAUCCUUGCAGGGUUAUAUAAAUAAAAUGUCGGUACUUGAGAAUCAGGUAGCAUUGAUCACUUCAGCUAUGUCGAGUAUUGGAAAAGUGUAUGCCAAACACCUUCUCCAGAAUGGCGUCAAGGUGGCGUUAUGCGAUAUAGAUUUUGAAGCAUGUCAAUUGUUCGCCAAUGAGUUAACGAACGUGUUUGGUGAUAAUAAUGUUUUGGCAUUGGGUUAUUCCAUUUCAGAUAAUAUACAAAUUGAAAGUGCCUUCAAUUCGUGCUUAAAUCAUUUUGGGCGACUGGAUAUUGUCGUUAACAACAUGGCUGAAAUGAAGUUCGACGUAUUAAUCAAUAAUCAGGAUAAAAAUAAUUAUGGCAGUGUCAUUAGCGGAACGCUUCAAGCAAUUAAGUACAUGGGAGCUCCGUACGGAGGCAAUGGUGGAACUGUGGUGCAGACUACAAACUGCAGAUCAGCGGCUAAUGCCGUUGUUGGGUACACGAAAUUGAUCGGUGACGAACAAAGUUCACAUUACCUAAAAAUAAGGACUAUGGCAUUAGAUCCAAGAAAUGAUUCAGAUAAUGUUGGCAGAGCUUUAAUUUAUAUUCUGGAACAAGGUAUUACUGGGCAAUUUUGGAUCGUUGAAAACGAAGAAACACCGAGACUGGCAGUAACAACUGAUAUUAUAAAUUAAAUAAAAAUAUUAACAACAUUUAAAACAAUUAAUUUUAAAAAAUUAUUUAUUAUUGUUAUUAUUAUUUAAUUAACUAAUUUAAUAUAAAAAUAAAAUAUAUAUAUCAAUUUAUUAAUGAAAAAAGUAAAAAAAAAAAUUGAUUUAUCUUGGUUGAUUUAUAUUUAUAUACCAUAAAAAAUAAUAAUAAUGCCUACUUUUAAACGUAUAUUUAAAAGAUAUUUUAGAUAUAUUAUAAUGUUUUAUUCAGUUUUAAUGUAAAUCUAUUUUUAAACAGGUAAACAAAAACCAAACUGAAAAAAUUUUUUUUAUUAAAAUGUUUAAAAUUACGUUAAAUUUAUUUGUGUUAUUAAUUCUAUCUAAUUAUUAAAACAGUAAAAUAUAAAUUUAGUGUUUACCAUUAAGUAAUAACUAUGCAUUAACAUGAUAUAGAUAAUUUAACUAUGCGUAUUUUAUAAACAUUUAU